GUCCUAUCGGUUACAUUUGUCGGUACUAUAGGUUGCAAAUGUUUAUGAAUAUUUCGUGAGGAUAACGGCUUACGAGUACCUCAUGAACUGUCAGGCAUUGAGUGUCCGUGGUGAGGCUACAAUGAAAGUUCUGGUUUUCUCCUCUGUCGUCUGCUUCCUACUUGUGCUGCUGUCGUCUGCUACAGAUGCCGGAGUUCGGGUAAAAAAACAUCUUGUAUCUGGAAUGCCAAAUGUCUGUUCCUACCGUGAUGUGCAGCUGGUGCGUAAUCGAAGGCCUUCGACGAAAACUAGAACGACUCUUGUGAAGAUUCAUAAAGCGGACUGUGCCACGAAGGCGGCCUGGCAUGACUGCUUUGAUUUUGAACCAAGAACUGUCUACUACAAUACACGUAGAGAAGCCUUGGAGCGCAAGUACAUCACCGUAUAUGACUGUUGCGAAGGUUGGACAUUAGACGAGAGCAAGACGAAUUGCAGUAUUGAUGUCGACGAAUGUUCCACAGAAAACCACCGGUGCGUCCACAACUGCGUCAAUACGCAAGGUUCCUACCGUUGCUCCUGCCGCGCGGAGUACCAGCUCAGCAAUGAUGGCGUCAACUGCUUCCGAAUCGAUGUUGCGGUAAUUUAUGAAUGUGGGAUUGACAACGGCGGUUGUCAGCAUGUAUGUCGACGUGAUCGGGAAGGACAUGUGUGUUCAUGUCGUCCUGGAUAUCAUCUUGAAAGUGACGGAAAGUCGUGCACUGUUUCCAGAGUUGCGCAGAGAAGUUCUGGCAAGAAUAACGUAGAUCAACCCGGAAGAUUAGCGCAUUCAGUACAGAAAGAAGUAUGUGGUCGUGAUCUGUUUGGCACACGUUGCCAGUACGCCUGCAGCGACUGCCGGAAUGGGAAGUGUAACAGUGUCUCUGGUUGUCAGUGCCAUGCGGGAUAUAGGGGUGUAUUAUGCAACGAGACCUGCCUGCAGGGAACGUACGGUAUCAACUGCAGGGAACAGUGUCAAUGCCAAAAUGGCGGAACUUGCCAUCAUAGGACAGGCAAAUGCACCUGCCCACCCGGCUUUCGUGGUAAACUGUGCGAACAAGUAAGCUGUCUCCGUGGUUUUUAUGGCCGUAACUGCGACCAGAAAUGUCCGCGGGACUGUCCUCUUGGUCGUUGUAACCGUCGCCACGGUUACUGUGAGUGUCCUUCUGGUAAAACCGGUCUAAGCUGCGAUCUCCCCUGCCAGCCUUUCACAUACGGUCCAAACUGCCGUAAACCCUGCAAAUGCAACACAGGUCAGACCGUCAGGUGUAAUGCUAAGAACGGAAGGUGUCAGUGUAAACCCGGCUUCACCGGACGAUUCUGCAACAAAAAGUGCCCCUCGGGAACGUGGGGUAUAAAAUGUGCACUUCGAUGUAACUGUCCGCUGGGUUUGUCCUGUGAUCCGUCAAAUGGGGAUUGCCUCGUGAAAUGUUCCUCUGGUCUCGUGACACAGAACUGCAGUGAAGGGAGCGUAUACAAAACGAAGAAAUAUCAUAGUUGUCCCACAGGCUUCUACGGCAGGGAGUGUAUCCAUCGCUGUCUCUGUGAACCAAAUGCCCGGUGCGAAUCGCUGGGUGGAGCCUGCAUAUGUGACCCCGGCUGGCGAGGCACUUUCUGCGAACUGCCUUGUCCGCGGGGCUUCUAUGGCCUCGGUUGUCAAAUGCGUUGUCACUGCCCUCCUGGGGUUGACUGCAAUCACGCUACGGGAGUGUGCCUUUGCAAGGGCCGUGAUUGUGUGAAAGGGCUGCCACUGAAGGAAUGUGACAAAAAUAAAUAUGGACCAAGCUGCGAUAGUGACUGCCAGUGUAUUCGUGGAGCGUGCAAUCCGGUAAAUGGCAAGUGUACCUGCGACUUGGGCUACACUGGCCCUCUCUGCGAUAAGAGUGAGUUAGCAGUUUGGGAUUUUGACAUAUACGUAGUCUCUUCCAGCUGUUCCACUUGUGAAAGCUUUCCAUUUCCAGAAUGUCCAGAAGGCAGGUACGGAAAAAGCUGUCUCGGUUCUUGCUUUUGCUUGAAUGGUGGUACGUGCGACCAGAGGGAUGGAACUUGUCUGUGCCCUCCUGGCUUUAAAGGAAAUCACUGUCAAGAAGUCUGCACACAGGGUUCAUUUGGACAUCAGUGUGCAUCAUCCUGCCAGUGUGCACACGGCACAUGUGACCCGCAAAGUGGGAUGUGCAGAUGCGAUCCUGGAUAUAGAGGCCCAAACUGUGAAGACACCUGCUCCCUGGGCACGUAUGGGCCUGGAUGCAGGUACCAGUGCAGAUGCCACAAUGGAGGGGGAUGUGAUUCUGUAACUGGACACUGCAAGUGUUCACCUGGCUAUUUUGGCCCAACAUGUUCUCUGUCAUGCCCAGAUGGCACAUACGGAGAAUACUGCCAGCACCACUGUGCAUGCCAAAAUGGAGGCAGCUGUGAUCACGCCACUGGUAAAUGUAGCUGCGCUCCUGGAUUUCAGGGUCAACUUUGUGAUAAAGUGUGCCCGGACGGCUGGUACGGGAAGAGCUGCUCGCAGCAGUGUGAAUGUGGAGUCUACACCUGCCAUCCUGUGACUGGAAGAUGUCGGUGCCCUCCAGGCCGUCAAGGGGAUCGCUGUGAAAACGAAUGUCGUGCCGCAAGUUAUGGUCCUGAAUGCAAGUUCUCUUGUGAGUGCUCGACCAAUGCAAGAUGCGAUGAAGUAACUGGGCAGUGCAUCUGCUUCACUGGUUGGACAGGACCCAAGUGCACAGGGAAGGAUGACAGUGCUGACUCCUUAUCUCCUUAACGGAAUAAGUGCUGUGAGAGCACACUAGUUUUUCCACCGUGGGAGAAAAAGGUGUGAGAGCUGCACAUAAAUGUCCACGGUGGAGAUAAUGCUUAUCUUCUAAACAUUUCUUGGUCCUUCUGCAGCUGUAUGGAAAUUGAAAUGACUGCAACUCUAACCUAUCUUAUAAUAAGCUAGACUUUUUGGUUAAUACUCUGAUUGAACAGUACAGAAAAAAUACAGUAGAGGAGCUGUCAAAUAGAAGAUCAGCAACGUGACUUCAAAGGAAUACUACGACUGGCUUAUCAGGUCUUCAGAAACAUUAUCGUGAAUAUACCUUCCAACGUACUUAAACUUGCUAGUAUCACAGGAAUUUCUCUUCAUGGCUGCCAUGACUGAUCAAGAACCUGAGCAAGGCAAUUUGGAUCUGUUGUUACAGGCUGUUAUGCGUGCAGGAACAGACACACAAGUGUACGUUCUCGUACAAUAAAGUACUCUCGAGGU